AUGGCAACCAUCAAAGUUGACCGAGCCUCUAAAUUUGAGACCUUAAAGCUCCUGGAGAAGUGCCGAAAAGAGCGGGACGAUGCGGUUCACCGAGAGAGCGUUCUGCGUGACAAACUCCGGCAGUAUGAGUCCAGACUACGCUCCGCUGAGACCUUAAAGCAGAAGUUCAAGACCCUUACGGCAGAAAACAAGGAGUUGAGGAAGCAGGUCAAGGCACUGCGCACAGAGAUAGGCCUCGAGUGCAGCCCCAAGUUCUACGGAAAGACCACCAAGGAUGUUGUCAGUGACCUGUACGAGAAAGAACGUCAGUGUGAUGCUCUGAUCGAGAAGGCAGCCAAGUUGGGCCUGACUGUGGAUGAGCUAACCUCAGAGUUGGCCAGCGCUGUCACAUCCAAGACGCUGCUAGAGGAACAGGUCCAGUCUUUGCAGCAGAAUCUCAAGGACAUGACCAAUAACCAGCGGCGUCUGCUCAAGCUGUGGGAAGAUAAGAGGGUUCAGCGGGAGCAGCAGGCCCUGCCUGCUAUUGCAGUGAAACCUGGGCAGAAACCCAUUUUUAUACAGAAGGCUGCUCAGACGGACAUGUCCAUCAGUGCAUCCCAAAAGCUUCCGGUCGAUGCCUUUGAGACCAAGACUGGCGAUGCAAAGACUGCAUUAGAUAUCCAUUCUCAUAUCGACAGAUCUUUUUUACGAGAUGAAAGCAAAGGAAUUAACAUAUAG